GGCAGCCGCCGGGGAGCAAGUCCAUUUCCCGGAGAAACCAGCUCUGCCUCCUUUGCCCUGCGCUGUCUGCUGGGCGACUUUGAGAGGGGCUGGGGGACGAUCCCUCCACGUGCGCCCGGCUGAGGCGAUCCACACGGGAGGCGGAGGACCCGGGCUCGGGGGCAGAGGGAGCCGCCACGGACCUUGCAGCAGCGCUGGCACGGGCUCGACUCUCCCAGGCAGUUUUUGAAGUCAGCAGAACAGGAAUCGACUUACUAUGAUGCUGGGGGGAAGCUCCGGGAGAAGGGACUCAUUACCGGCUUCAUUACCAUGAGAGAUGCUGCGAGUCACAGAACAGCCCAGCGUGUCUACCGGGUGGACCCUGAAGACCUCUGUGAGUUCUCGGGCGGCUGUAUUUUAUGGCUGUGUAAUUUUCUUUCUGGCUUGAAAGGCUGCUCUUGGACGAAAUGUAGUCGCUUCAAUGGGAAUUUCUAGCGUGGAAAGUUGUCUGCUCAUCCUUUGCUUAAGACUUUUUCUUUCUCUGACUAACUAAGCCACAUAAUACAAGCUGAAAUUCCUGACAGGGGCCGGGGGGCCAUUCAGCCUAAGACCCACGGAGAACUAUAACCCAAAGUACAUCGGAUUACUAUGGGAUUAACUCUGGAUGUAUUUUUAACCGCGUUUUCUUAGUGUAGGAUGCCUAUAGCCCGACUGUUCUGGAGGGCAUGCUCUUUUAAUGCUGCUGUGGCUCAACUAAUAUCAUCGGCAUCACCACCCAAAUGAGACAGAGUGAAAGAAGAUUCCUGGUAGUUACAAAACUUUGCUUCUCUGGCCAGGAUCACAUUUUUCUCCCGGAAUGCUCACAACUCAGCCACCUCUCCGUCCAAAGUUCCUUCUGCUUUUUUGACCUUGCUUGUGAGAGGGAAAAAAAGAAGAAUGAAACCCAACAGAAGAUUCUACUAAAAUUUUGAAGGAAGGAAACAGAAAGAAGCCACUGCAGUUCUGUAACGACUGUUGUAAUAAUGGGAGAGAAAAAGCCAACCAAAGGAGCCCUGCCUGUAGAGCAGCCUCAGUGUGACAGAGCACGGGAACAUAAAGCUGAGUGGUGAGCAGAGCCUGUUAACUCCUUAGCUUUUCUACUCUUCAUCUGCUACAAGUUCCGGCUCGGACAUGGAUGUUCUCUGUGAAGAAAACACUUCUUUGAGCUCACCUACGAACUCCUUCAUGCAAUUAAACGAUGACACAAGGCUCUACCAUAACGACUUUAACUCGGGAGAAGCUAACACUUCAGAUGCAUUUAACUGGACCGUGGACUCAGAAAAUCGAACCAACCUUUCCUGUGAGGGCUGUCUCUCACCACCCUGCUUCUCCUUGCUUCAUCUCCAGGAAAAAAACUGGUCUGCCUUGUUGACAGCUGUAGUGAUUAUCCUAACCAUUGCUGGAAACAUACUCGUCAUCAUGGCAGUGUCCCUAGAGAAAAAGCUGCAGAAUGCCACCAACUAUUUCCUGAUGUCACUUGCCAUAGCGGAUAUGCUGCUGGGUUUCCUUGUCAUGCCUGUGUCCAUGUUAACCAUUCUCUAUGGGUACCGGUGGCCUCUGCCCAGCAAGCUCUGCGCCGUCUGGAUUUAUCUGGAUGUGCUCUUCUCCACGGCCUCCAUCAUGCACCUCUGUGCCAUCUCGCUGGACCGCUAUGUUGCCAUCCAGAACCCCAUCCAUCACAGCCGAUUCAACUCUAGAACUAAGGCAUUUCUGAAAAUAAUUGCUGUUUGGACUAUAUCAGUAGGUAUCUCCAUGCCAAUCCCUGUCUUUGGGCUCCAGGAUGAUUCCAAGGUCUUCAAGGAAGGGAGCUGCUUACUUGCCGAUGAUAACUUUGUCCUGAUUGGCUCUUUUGUGUCAUUUUUCAUUCCCUUAACCAUCAUGGUGAUCACCUACUUUCUAACCAUCAAGUCACUCCAGAAAGAAGCUACUUUGUGUGUGAGUGAUCUUGGGACACGGGCCAAAUUAGCUUCUUUCAGCUUCCUCCCUCAGAGCUCCCUGUCUUCCGAAAAGCUCUUCCAGCGGUCCAUCCACAGGGAGCCAGGCUCCUACGGCAGGAGGACUAUGCAGUCCAUCAGCAACGAGCAGAAGGCGUGCAAGGUGCUGGGCAUAGUCUUCUUUCUGUUCGUGGUGAUGUGGUGCCCCUUCUUCAUCACCAACAUCAUGGCCGUCAUCUGCAAAGAGUCCUGCAACGAGGAUGUCAUCGGAGCCCUGCUCAACGUGUUCGUUUGGAUCGGUUACCUCUCCUCAGCCGUCAACCCGCUAGUGUACACACUGUUCAAUAAGACCUACAGGUCGGCCUUUUCCAGGUAUAUUCAGUGUCAGUACAAGGAAAAUAAAAAACCACUGCAGUUAAUUCUAGUGAACACCAUACCGGCCUUGGCCUACAAGUCUAGUCAACUCCAAACGGGACAAAAAGAGAAUUCAAAGCAAGAGGACAAGGCCACAGAAAACGACUGCACUAUGGUUGCUCUAGGAAAACAACAUUCAGAAGAUGCUCCUGCAGACAAUAGCAACACAGUGAACGAAAAGGUUAGCUGUGUAUGAUGGAGUGGUUGCCAUAGCAACCGUGGAGGGCCCACUGAGCGAGUUUUCCCCUAUCUGGGGGGAGGGGGGGGAAGAAGGAAAGAAAGAAAGAAAGCAAAACAGGGAGACUGGAAAAAACUAGGCUAGUCUAGUGGAAGCAACAAGAGAAUCUAUGUGCUUCAUUUUAUUCCGUCAAUGAAAAGCAGGGUUCAGUGCCACAAAAUGUGCGCUCCAAAACUAUUCUGACAGCAUUUCAGCUGUGAGCUUUAUGAUACUGUUUUUAACACUGUAAAUGUUAUGUCCUUAAAAUAAUUAGCUUUUAUUGUAUAAUUACAAUGAGGCCAUAAAUAAAUCUAGAUUAACUUUUGUUUUCAAGUGGAAACCUUGCUGCUGUGUUGUUAAUGGCCAGCAUGAGACGGUUGCCUAUUGCUGUAAAUAAAAAUCGCUCUAACUUGUGAAACACUGGUUGACUAUGAUGACCUCUCGAAUAAAGUAAAAUCUUCUGUGAAACUCACCACGAUGCAUAUCUUGAACACGACAACAACAAAAAGACACUAAGGACAGUGUUAUGAGAUCUGCAUUGCUAAGAUGCUUAAAGGAAAUACUUGACAACGUUUUCAUUCCUGCUUUUUCAUGGAUGCCACUUUGAAAUAUUCACAAGGUUGCUGGCAUUUGCUGCAUUUCAAGUUCAUCCUCCUGAGAAGCGAAAAAGAGUUUAAAUGCUAUGAAAUAACUAUUGGCUGCUUUCUCUUCUACUACUUGUGCUUUAUUCUGAAUUUCCAACGUGGUCUUGUUUAGUGUUUGCUCUAGUAGGUAAACAAUCAAAAGGAUAACCAAACACUUACCAAAUGCAUUCCUAGAAUUUGCUUCUCCUAAACAGCACCAGAGAAGUGUCUGGUAACUUGCUCUUUAACGACUGCAUUUUUGCAUGCGCUCCUCUGAGCUGUAAGCAGUAUUGAUGUAACUGGGACAGGAUUGAGGAAUAAACUCAGGUUUGCGGCUACUAACAGCAGUAGAGUCUUAGGACAUGUCUUAAAAAAUGCAGAUCACCCACCUGUUGGCACCCAUUAGGUAAAGUGAGGCUCCAAAUCCAUCGAUAUUAUUUAUUAAAACUAUUCAGCUUUGGACUCACAAUCCUCUCCUGAAUGUAUACUGUGGAGAAAGAAAUGUCCAAGGUACUACAUAUAUAAAAAUAAUUGAAAGAAGAUCUUUGCCUUUAAAGAAAGUGACCUAAUUUGAAUGGUCCUCACCAAAAAUAGUAAAUCACUGACUUAUUUUGAGAAUCAGUUCAAUUUAUUUCCUUCUCACCUGGUUCAGAAACAGGUGUGUUUCACCUCUGAGGGUAGUUUUCUCAGUAAGUUUCCGGACUGACUGCCAACAAAUACCAACCAACCAAAGGUGGGAGGGUGACCCGAAGGUCAGUUUUGCAAUUAGUUUAGGAAUAUGCACUUAACCUGGACCCCAACUAUGACUACCAAGGUUUUGAGCAAAUUUUUUGUUUCACUUUCCUAAAAACAAACUUAGGUAUUACUCACUGAUGCUGGACCCCCCCCACACUGGAAAAAGCUGUGAGAGAAUAUUUUGCAGAAAUGGCUUAGCAAUUAACGAACCCGAAUAGCAUCCAUGAGGUUGUGGGUUCAGUCCCUGGCCU